UAAAUCCUUGCACACUUUUCACUCCACUCAGUGGCUCUUGUGGGUCUGCUUUUGCCACUUGCUCUGUAAGGAAAUCCUGCACUUGUUACUGUUUCCUACAUGAUUUUGGAUAAUCCUGUCUGUUUGGUGCUCUGGGGAUGUUAAUUCCACCUAUCACUUGUGAACCUUCCUCACCAGCCGCUGCUUGACACCCUGCUAAUCUCACUUAACCACUCGUAUAUCAACAACAGUCUUCGCUGGAAUAAGAGCAGUUCCUAUUUCUCAGGAAAAGGGGGCCCCUUUAAAAGAAGGGGGUUUUCCCUCUCUUAAAUACAUUUACUCUGUGUACAGAGCUGACAUCUGCUAUAUUCAUGUUCCACAAAGUCCCCUGUGGGCUUCAGGAUGAAUCUUGGGGGACUGCUGGUUUCUCUCUGUCUCCUGCUGGUUGUCAGUGCUGAGGUAAGACUAUGGGGAGAUCCCAUUCCAGAGGAGAUGUUCAAGAAGAUCUCAGAGGGAGCUGUCUCUUCCAUAUCAGAAUUACGGAGGGUGCUGCAGAUAGAUUCCGUAGAUGAUGAGGAUGAUUUCAACUAUGCAUCCAUUCAUGAAACAAGACGCUCGCCCACGAACCAUUCCAGUCAUUCCCGGGUCAUUCGCAGCUUAGAUGCAGAACAAGCCGUCAUUGCAGAGUGCAAGCCCCGUGUAGAAGUGUUUGAAAUUUCUCGUAAAUUAGUGGACCCAACCAAUGCUAAUUUUCUGGUGUUUCCCCAAUGUGUUGAAGUUCAAAGAUGCUCUGGGUGCUGCAAUAGCAAAACAAUGCGAUGUGCCCCAACAAGGAUCCACAUCCGCCAUGUUAAGGUAAAUAAAAUCUAUAUAACUAAACAAGGGAAAAAACAUGUGAAGGUUGUAGUUCCUUUAGAGGACCAUCUUGACUGCAAGUGUGAACCUGUCCCUUCAUCAGCUGUAAGGAUCCACCAUACUCCGCCUGAGACCAAGAAAGCAAUAGAACUUCCUCCAAGCACAAUGGCUCCGGUUCCUGCUUUUCAAAAAGAAGAGCAACCACUGCGAUUACAUAAGAAGAAAAAUAGGAAAUUCAAGCAUUUACCUAGCAAGAAAGAGCAGAGAGAACUUUUGAUCACGUAGUGAUGAUUGAAAAAGCUCUAUGGGUCACAGGACAGGCUCCAACCCAAUGGAAUAAACCUGGCCCCUAUGGGGCUCUCCAAUGCUCAUUUCCGAGCCUCUGCUUUAAAUAACUCCUCAAUGGUGCUUUUUGUGGCACAAAUGAAAAAGGACUGUGCCUCCACUUCACCCACUGCCCUCUUAUUGCGUCCCUGACACCAAGAUUACAACCUAUCGUUUUUUUUUCGUGACUGCAAAGAAUACUCAAAAACCACUAAUGCAAAUUGACUACAUAUCUGGGCCGAUGAGAGUGCAGAAGCAAAAAGCCCAUUUUAACUCACUGGAUGUAAAUUGCCACCCUAUUUAAUUUGUCUUUGUUUUGUACUUUUAUACAUAUAUAUAUAUAUAUAAAUUUAUAAAUAUUUUUGUAAAAAGUGGUUUCCUUUGCUGAUGUUGCACGAGGCAGAACAGAGUCUGGAUAAAAGGAAUAGGAAAUCUUUCUGUUUUUAUUUUAUUGUAGGGCUGUAUUAGUCGGUUUUACAAAGAACAUUAGCUAUAAGUUAUGUGUCCAGCUGGUGCCCUGUUGGCAAUGUAUAAAAGCCAAGGUCAUGCCCUUGACCCUGUGCCCUUACUUUGAGUUAGGGUGUGACUAUCCAGGCUGUAAAAAUCUCUAAUGCCAUCAAGAAAUUCCACACUAGGCAAGGACUGAGUUCAGCAGGAUGUUUAACUUCUCCUGAUCCUUUCAUAUUCUACGGAACCGCCAAUUUCCAAACAUCUACAGCCUAAAAUAAAGCCUUUCAAUAAACAAACAUAGGAGUUUGGCAGAGCGCUCUCACACUUAUUUAACAUGAGGGUACCUUUCCUCUCCUGUUUGUAGCCAAAAACUAUUUUUUUUCUCUAUAUGGCCCUGAAUUCUCCUGUUUAUCUGUUAAGCUUUAACUUAUUUUUCAUUCUCUCCCUAUGUUAAUAUAUUAUUUUUGUAUUUCCUCUUUGAAACAGCUCUGUCUGCCCAUAAAACAUAAGAAUACUUGUUAAUUGUGUAAAGUAAUUUAUAUUCAGUAUUUAAAUUGUACAGAAACCAGAAUUCUUUUAAUUUGUAUAAAAAUACAGUAUUAAACUGUAUCUGUUUUUUUUA